AUGAAAACAGGAGCUUCCCGUUUUUGGCCGAGGCCCCACAGCAGCGAGCGCUUCGAAGCCCUCGGCGCAGCGCUGCGCCGAGGCCGCCUGGUGGCUUUCCCCACGGAGACGGUGUAUGGCUUGGGAGCCAAUGGUUUGGACCCGGAUGCGGUGCUGCAGAUCUUCGAAGCGAAGGGUAGGCCACUGACAGAUCCCUGCAUCCUGCACGUGUCCAAGGCUGCAGAUGCGCAUGCGCUUCUGGACCUGGAUCCGGAUGCCAGGGCUGUCUUCGACGUGCUCACGAAGGAGUUCUGGCCGGGACCCCUCAGCAUCGUGGGCCCGGCUCGCCCAGUGGUUCCUCCGCAGGUGACGGCCAGCACUGGCUUCGUGGCGGUGCGCUGCCCGUCCCAUCCCCUUGCAAGGCAGUUGGUCGAAGCCGCCGGUAAACCACUGGCAGCGCCUUCUGCCAAUCGCUUCGGCCAUAUUUCGCCGACGCUUCCCGACCACGUGCUGCAGGACUUGCAGCACGUGCCCUUCCUUCAGAUCCUCGAUGGCGGACCCUGCAAUGUUGGCAUUGAGUCCACCGUGGUGAAGCUUGACCUCGCAAGUUCUGCGAAAUCACUGCUGCUCUUGCGGCAAGGCGGUGUACCGCGCGAGCGGUUGGAGUCUUAUCUGGCGGAGUGCUUUCAACGCGGAGACCUUCAGGAAAGCAUCUCUGUGGUGUCCAUUGCGCGAAAGCCGAGGUCGGACCCAGUGGUCAAGCCAGAUGACGAGGCGCAAAUGGCACCUGGCAUGCUCUUGAAGCAUUAUGCACCAUCUGUGCACACCGUGCUUCUCUCACCCAGCUCUUCGCACGAUGGCGGGCUGGAAAUACCCAGCCCGCCGCAUCGAAGCGUGCUGAUUGACUUUGGUGGAAGACAAGCGGAUCACCACGGGCUCUUCCUGAAGGUUUACGAGCUCUGUGAAAAGGAUGGAACAGCUGGCAAAGGGACAGCUGAGGACGCCUGCAGGCAUGUUUUCGCCACUCUGCGAGCUGCAGAAGCGUAUGCAAUUGCGGAGAAGGUGGAGCUCAUCUGCGUUGCAGAUUUCGAUCCGGAAGGCUUGGGAGGAUACGCUGAGGCUUUGCACGACAG